CGAUUCUGUACACAAUUUCGCUCUGUGGUGAUGUGAGUGAUGUGAUGAUUGUGGUGGAUUUCUUAUUGCUAGGGCGCGGCGGAUCCGUUAUCUAUUUGAUAUUACCCACAAAAUCAUAAUAUUGUGUGAUUGUUAUUCAAAAGUCUCUCUCCCACAUUGUUCUUGCCGUCAGUAGUCAGAUAAAACUAUCAAAGCUUUGUGCAACGUGUUAAUGUUUGAACCUGUGCCACUUACCACACCCCUGUCAACAUUAAUUAACGAGAGGCGCGUGGAGAGGAGGAUUCUUUAUGGCAGCACCUGACUCACCAUGAGAGUGGAGUCCGAAGCGAGAGACGCGCCCGUCGCCCCUACCGUCACCCCAGGGACACCGAUCGCUAGUAAUACAGAAUCGCCUGUUUCAUCCUUGGACGACUGUCGUGACGAGAGUGAGCAAAUCACAACGCCCGACCGGGCGCUUCUCGCCAAGCUGGAGGAAGAAAACCGUCGGAUCGAGGCGGACGCCAAAAGUGCCUCACUCACCAAUGUGCACAGUCGCAAGAGUUCCGAUACUUCACAAAUCUCACUCGCAUCAGCUACGAGUUCGAGUCAGGAAACAGAAGCACGGGUCAGCGGAACCAAUGGGGAAGAAGAUCUAUGGGGUUUAUGGGGCCGCAUCGUCAGCAACUGGGAGACGGAAUGGAAGCGGCGCAAUCAGUUCGUACGGGACCUGGUGCGCCAGGGCGUGCCACACCACUUCCGGGGCAUCGUUUGGCAACUACUGGCUGGAGUCGACACCUCUCCAGAAAAGAAACAAUAUGCCACCUAUAUAAAAGCGAAGUCUGCUUGCGAGAAAGUGAUCCGACGAGACAUUGCUCGCACUUACCCAGAGCAUGACUUCUUUAAAGAAAAGGAUGGGUUGGGCCAAGAAUCGUUGUUCAACGUGAUGAAAGCCUACUCACUCCACGACAGGGAAGUGGGCUACUGUCAGGGUAGUGGCUUUAUCGUAGGCCUGCUGCUAAUGCAGAUGCCGGAAGAAGAAGCGUUUGCAGUACUCGUGAAGAUAAUGCAGCAGCAUCGCAUGAGGGAUAUGUUCAAGCCUAGCAUGGCAGAGCUGGGGCUGUGCAUGUUUCAGUUAGAGAACCUGGUGCAAGAGUUGCUACCCGACCUGCAUGGCCACUUCCAAGCUCAGGGUUUUGGCACAUCGAUAUACGCAAGCAGCUGGUUCCUCACGUUGUUCACAACUACUCUGACUCUUCCCCUCGCUUGUCGCGUCAUGGACGUAUUCCUGUCGGAGGGCAUAGAGAUCGUCUUCAAGGUGGCGCUCGCUAUGCUCACUCUUGGCAAAAAUGAUCUACUCUCACUCGACAUGGAGAAUAUUCUCAAGUACAUACAAAAAGAAUUACCAGCGAAAGCGGAAGCCGAUCAGGACAUGUUCAUGAACCUUGCUUACAGUAUCAAAGUAAACCAGAAAAAGAUGAAGAAACUGGAAAAGGAAUAUACUGUUAUCAAGACCAAGGAGCAGGGCGAUAUUGCAGUUCUCAGAUGCCUCCGACAAGAGAAUCGUCUUCUCAAGCAGCGUGUGGAACUACUGGAAAAGGAGAGUUCCUCCCUCGCUGAGCGGCUGCUCCGGGGGCAGGUAGACCGCGCAGAGGGAGAGGAGGAAGCCUUCGCCCUGACCCGAGAGGUCCAGGCCUUGAGGAGAGCCAAUAUGGACGCGCAGCAAAGGCUGGCGGUUGCGCAAGAUGAAAUACGAUCGUUGGAAAUGACUAUAGCUGAGAACAACUCGAGGCAGUCGUCGCUGUCGGGCGCGGAGAGCAGCGCGAAGGGCGAGGAGCUGGCGCGCUGUCUGCAGCGGGAGCUGGUGCGCGCGCGGCUGCACGCGGCCGAGCGCGAGGCGGCCGAGCGGGAGCUCACUGCGCGCAUCGCCGAGCUUGAGUCCGAGAACAAGUGUCUGCGCCGGCAGCGCGUCGACAACAACGUCGCACAUCUACAGGACGAACUGAUCGCCGUGAAAUUGCGCGAAGCAGAAGCCAACCUUUCCCUCAAGGAACUUCGGCAGAGAGUCACAGAACUGUCGGAAACUUGGCAAAGACAUUUGCAAGAGCACAGACAAGAAGCGCCUGCUCCGCCCGUUCAGUCGAACGUGGUAUCCGACAUAAUGGCCACGCCCAAAAAGCUGCUCAGGGCUUGGGAAGGCCGCUCCGCAGACUUUCAGAAAAUGGAUGAGGAACUUAUGUCGACCAAAAUGAGAGAGCUCGAGGCUUUGACGGAAUUGAAGGAGCUACGGCUGAAGGUUAUGGAGCUAGAGACCCAGGUGCAGGUGUCGACAAACCAGCUGCGGCGGCAGGACGUGGACGCGCGGGCGCUGCGCGAAGAGCUGGACGCGGCCAUGCAGCGCGAGCGAGGCCUGCAGGCGCGCCAGCGGGAGUUCCAACACAAGUACACCGACCUCGAGAGCAAGGCGAAAUACGAGUCGAUGCAGGCUAAUAUUAGAAACAUGGAGGACGCACAAAGAAUAGCCGAGCUAGAAACUGAAGUGUCAGAAUAUAAAUUAAAGAACGAAGUGAUGGCGACCGAAGGGGAGUUGAGGAGCAACAACGUGGACGACUCGGAUAGAGUGCGCGAGCUGCAGGAACAGGUCACCGAACUCAAAGCCGAGGUCAUGAGGCUAGAAGCGUGGAGAGCACGCGCGCUGGGACACACCGAGCUCAGUCGCGCCAUCUCUGUCGAAGAAGAUUUAGAAGAAGACGAGAAGCUGAAACUGAUCCUCCGCCGCGAGUCCUCCGCGUCUCUGGACCUCCCUCCGGCGCCACGCAAGCCCACGUAGCGAACGAACAAUCCGCGAAUAAUCAUAUUAUACACUGUCUCUUCUCACGACAUUUUUCUUCUAUCAUGACAUUCGUUCACUAGGGUCAAUUUUGAAGUACAUCCGGUAAAAUUUCAUACAGUUAAGUAUACACUUAGAUUUAAUAUAUAUUUUGAAUGAUUAUUAAAUAAAUGCGUUCAUGUUAGCGAGUCGAAAAUAUAACAUUGUAAUACGAUAGCGAAGCCUAUUAUUGUAUACUUAUAGAAUUUGAUCAACAACUUCGAAUAUUUUUUUAUAAAAUUAUGUAAUACAUUUAUUGAUAUAAAAUGUUUUGACAAAUCAUUCACUUGCUAAUUUGUUUUAUAUACAUAUUAUACUUUUUAAACACUAUAAAAUAUCAAUCCGUUUUCAACUGGGAUUGAAAUUGAAUGAUAAUAAUUAGACAUUUAAAGAAUAAUUUGAAAUAAGUAGGUCGAUUUAUUAUUUGUAUAUAAAUAUUAACACAAAUGCUAAUUUCAAGUAAUUUGCAAAUUCAUUCCCUAAAAUGUAUCCUAAAGAUAAUUUAUUAUAAUUCAAAGCCCAUUAGUAACUGAAGUUUGUUUCGAAUAUAUUGUUAUUUGUCUAGUUACAAUUUUAAUUUAUUGAAAAUGUCGAAUGUCGGGAGAAAUUUUGGUGCUCGUUAAUACAAUAACGUGGAUCGGCUUGACAGGGUUUUAAGAUCAGUUAGAUUUCUCUACGAUUUGCUCGGUCAAUAUUUCUUAUACCUACCACGAAUUUAUUUUUGUUUAAUUAGCUGUUCAUUAUGCAUGUGUUAUAAAACUUGUAGAAUAAAUGUUUCAAUUAGCGAUUCGAUUCGAUUGAGCAAUUCGAUCUACGAUCUAUAUAGUUGCCAAUUAAUCAUUUUUAAUAUGUUUUAUGCUACAAAGCAAUUGAGUACUAAGUUAUUAAUUAUUAAAUAUUGGUAUUAUAUGGAAUUGUUACGUAAUACUUAUUGGCUGUAAUGUAAUUACGGUUUUCACGAGUAAAAAGUUGGCCGAAAAUUAGAAAUCCAGACUUUGAUAGUUAUAAGUAUUUUAAUUAAAAUUUCAUUAAUUUAAGAUGGCGUAAGAUGGCGUAACAAUUUGGACACGAAAUAAAAUAUAAGGUGGCUCUAAGCUUAUUAUUUGUGGAUCUCGCUUUCUACAAAAUCUGUGUAUGAUUGUGUGUACUCUACAUAUAAUCAAUAAUUAACUCAAUGAUAGUUUGGUUAAUCAUGGACCUACUCGCUCUUGUUAGUAAGUGUAAUAGUAAAUUAUAAUUGUGUAUCAAUUUUUAUGAAUAUGUUAACGAUGUCCCUGGUACCCAAAUCCAAAAUAGUGUUCGUAAGUAGAUUUUGCUUAGAAUUUAGCCCCGUAAAUGCUAAUUUCUAGCCAUGGAUAAAACGGCGACACACUUACUUAAUUAUAUAAAAUAAAUGUUUCUUCAUAGUAGUCUGUUAAUAACCUAUUUCUACAAUUAUGUAAACCCGAUAAAAUAAUGAGGUGUACCAAGGAUUUGUAGUCUAUUGUAAUAAAAUAUUUUAUAGACAGUCUAGCUAGAAUUUACUGACAUAUGUUAGUGCGUUGCGUGUAGAUUUUUCAUUCUGAAGCUACUUAAUAUUCAAAGUAAAAUUAAAAUAAAGACUCAUGAUGCCAAUUAACCAAUUUACAUCAACGCACUGAUUUUAAUAUCUUUAUACUUAUGGUUGUAGUUGAGACAUACAGGUAGUGUUAAUGUGUAGCUCUUUAUAAAUAUAUAUUAUAAAAUUAUCCGUAGAAGUGGGUAACUGUUCUUUCUAAUAGAUGCCAGUUAUAGGUAUUUUGUGAGUACUUCUUAUACUAAGGAAUUCAUACCCUGUAUUAUAGAUAUUAGAUCAAUCGAUCUCAGUAUAUUGGACAUUGUUUUGAGUUUUAUAUCACUUUGAAUUUCUUGUAUCUAUUUUUAAUCAGUAUUUUUUAGUAUUCUUUAUCAUUAAUAAUUAUCGAGAACAUUCCAUUAUAUUAAUAAGCGAUAGUAAUAAUGUCUUCGAAAUUUGAAAUCGUGUGCAUCUGAAAAAAAUGUUUAAAAUUAAUGAUUUUAAAAUCAUGUUCUAUAUUUUAUAUAUAUUAAAAAUAAUAUGUGAUCCAACUUGGACUAAUGCAGAGAAACUUCAAUGAAAGUAUAGCAAGCAAACGUACCAAUCUUUUCACCAUACAUUAACAUCUCAAUAUUCAGGUCUCUUGAAAAUUAGUUUAUUUAAUUCACGCCCAUAAUUGCCACCAAUCAUGCAAUCAACCAAGAUGUUUCAUAACUUCACAUUUGUCUUUUAUUUUAUUUUCUUCGUCUAUCUUUGAUGACGUUCACGUGCUGUACUACGUGUAAGUUUCGAGAUAACUUUUUGAAAAAAUCCCAUAUAAUUCUUAUGCCAGUUUUUGUGGGCUUACAUUCCAAGACUACUUACUUUGGUCUUACCAUUACUUAACUGAUAAUAUUAUGUAAGUAUCUACACAUAUCUACUCUACUAAUUUUAUUUUAUUUGUGAGGUAGCUUACGAUAAAACAUCAUAAUUUUGUUUUAACCUAGAACACUUAAAGUUUUAGGCUAAAUAAGUAAUCUUUUCAGCGUUACAACCAAUGCGCUUUACGCUGACAAAUAUGGUUACUUAAAACUAUUACGACAAAAUAUUGUGUGUACUUAUUAUUAAUAAACUCUUUAAUUUUCGUUAGGUUUUAACGCAGUAUUUUUUUAUGAUUUAUUAUGGCUUGGAAUACUCACUCUAAUAAAAAUAUAAUAAAAAGCUAAUAUUUUGGUUACAAUCAGAUGAUCGGGUUAUCUCUUUUUUCUAUUCAUUUCUUAUUUCGCAGGGUGUUCAAAGAUUUUCAAUUGUGUACCUAGCCAAUCAUAUGCAUUUCAUGGCAGCUAAAUAUAUCUUACUACAUCAUUAUAUUUUCAACUGGAGUAAUUUGCGCUACUGUAAAAAGCCCAAUAACCAGAUCCAAUAUGUAUUUGCCCCAAUUAUAUAUUUUCCUCUUGAUGUCAUGUUAAAGUACAUCUAGAAUCAUAGCAAGUUUUCAAAAUACUUUUGAUAAUGUUAUACUUAGAUAUGGUCGAUACGAGCUUCUUAAAUCUUAAUUACAGUAGCUUCACUCAUUUUAAAAUAAUUAUAUUAAUGUGGUAUUACUGAUAUUAAGUGGUAGCAAAUUAUAUAUAAUAUUAUUAAUAUAUAAUUUGCUACCACUGUGAGAGAAAAUGCUCCAAGUUGAUUCUGUUUUGUAUCAGCGUUAUUAUUAUUCUAUUUUAUUGUUUUUUUUUUGUUGAUAAUUAUGUCGAUAUUAUAAAAUAUUUUAUUAUGUAAGUAGUAAGUUUUAGAACGUGCAAUAUAUCUAUCUUUUGUCAUAGGUUUUAUCAUCCAGGCUUUCCGAAAUGUAUUAAGAAUGUCAUUUGUUGAAUUGAGAAAGGUAUGUUAUCCAAGAUUACUAUAGGCGUAUUUUAUCUCAAAAUUGCAGGAGCGAAGCCCCGGGCAACAUGUUAGUAGGUAAUAUUUAAUUUGUCGGAAGACGAAACUAGCAAUAGACACUAAGUAAUUUCAAGUUGUAGCUCUCAAGUACUUACCUUUGAAUUAACAAAUAUUUUGGAAGAUUUCAUCACAGAGAAUAUUUUGCUCAUUUAAUGACGAAAUGAAAUUCUUUAGAACAGUAAUAUAUGAAAUCUGUAAUAUCUAUUACAUGUUACAUGCACCGGAGGAUCGCUUAUCCGAGUACUACUAUAGACAUUUAAUAUUUUUUCGAAAUUACAUUUUUAUUCUCCUAUAUGCCGUAGGCGGUGUAAGCUUGUUUUUGUAAUAAUUAAACCAUUUUGUAACAUCAAAUUUUUAGUAAAUAAAUAAUAAUUAGUUUA